UCGUAUGGAGUGUACUAAUUGUACAAUUUCGUACAUUAUUUUAACCCUUUUUUUGUACACUCCAUACAGUUCCUUUCGUACAUUAAUUUAAACCUCUUUUUUUUGUGUAGGGGUGUUCGGAAUUUGUUCCUUUUUUUAUCACACAGUAUUUUAAUACCAUCAUCGUCUCCGUCUUCUUAAUCAAUCUUUAGCGAAAUAGAAGGGGGAAAAAGCCCUAAUUCUUCACUGAUGCGGUGGUUGAUCUCCAUAGUGCCAUCUUCAUCGGAGCACUGGACCUUGGAUUGGGUGAAGCGCAGCUUGCUGAGCAGCUACUCGCCGCCUUUAUGGGCAACUCUGAUCGGAGGGUUCUUCACGCUUCUCUCUCUCGCCCUUUCUGUUCAUCUCCUGCUCGAACACCUCUCUGCUUACAAGAAUCCUGAGGAGCAGAAGUUUUUGAUUGGAGUGAUAUUGAUGGUGCCAUGCUAUGCUAUCGAAUCCUUUGUGUCCCUGGUGAAUCCAGCAAUCAGUGUCUAUUUUGAGAUAUUACGUGAUGGAUAUGAGUCCUUCGCAAUGUACUGCUUUGGAAGAUAUCUUGUUGCUUGUUUAGGUGGGGAAGAGAGAACUUUAGAGUUUAUGGAAAGGGAAGGUCAAACAGGUUCAAAGGUUCCCCUACUAGAGGAGGAUGGCCAUGAGAGGGGAAUUGUAAAGCACCCCUUUCCAUUUAAUUUUUUUCUCAAGCCAUGGAAACUGGAUAGAUGGGUGUAUGAAGUUAUCAAGUUUGGGAUUGUUCAAUAUAUGAUAAUAAAAGCAUUCACUGCUAUUCUAGCAGUAAUUCUUGAAGCUUUUCAUGUCUAUGGCGAAGGACAAUUCAAGUGGAACUGUGGGUACCCUUACUUGGCCGUGGUUUUAAAUUUCAGUCAGUCAUGGGCAUUGUAUUGUUUGAUUCAGUUCUAUACCAUUACAAAGUUCGAGUUAUAUCAUAUCAAUCCGCUGUACAAAUUUUUGACAUUCAAGUCCAUUGUAUUUUUGACUUGGUGGCAAGGGUUGGCUAUUGCCCUCUUGUGUAGCCUUGGCAUUCUGAAAAGCCCAAUCGCCCAAGCUUUACAGUUGCAAUCAAGCAUUCAGGAUUUUAUCAUAUGUAUUGAGAUGGGCAUUGCUUCAGUGGUCCACCUGUAUGUUUUUCCUGCUAAGCCAUAUCAGCUGAUGGGCGAGCGUUUUUCUGGGGCAGUUUCAGUACUAGGAGACUACCUGUCUGCUGACUGCCCCAUAGACCCUGAAGAGGUUAGAGACAGUGAGCGUCCAACUAAACUGCGCCUGCCUCAUCCUGAUGUUAAAGGUACAGGGAACAUGACCAUUAGAGAGAGCGUUAGAGAUGUCGUCAUGGGUGCUGGUGAACAUAUUGUGAAGGAUGUAAAGUUCACUGUAACACACGCAGUGGAACCAAUGGAGAAGGGAUUCACAAAGUUCAAUGAGAAGUUACAUAAGAUCUCUCAAACCAUGAAACAUGAUAAAGGGAGGAGAGCGAAGGAUGACAGUUGUGUGGCAACAACAACACCAUCAUCGUCAUCUCAAACCCCGAGGGUUAUCCGUGGGAUAGAUGAUCCUCUUUUGAAUGGAAGUGUAAGUGAUAGUGGGACAACACCCUCUAGGAAAAAGAAACAACGCCGAAAGUCAGGGUACACCAGUGAAAGUGGUGGAGACAGCAGCGGCGAUUGUACUUAUGGUGGUUUCCAAAUACGCGGCCGCAGGUGGGUUACUAAAGACUAGGUUGGGACAGUCCUCCUGUACAAUUGUUGUAACACAUAAACUGCCUUAAUAUUGGCAUCAUUGUAUUUGUAUCAUAAUAAAAGGUACACAAGAAGAAAAAGACAGGCUUUAUUGCCCAGGCCAAGAAACCGAUUGGGUUUCUUGUAAUCGGCUCACUUGUCCCCUAUUUUUGUGGACAAGAAUGUUACAAAAGAAGUAAAAAUCCUUGUGUUUG